AUGCGGUUACUAUUGCGGCAAGUCCGAGAGUCCUUCCCAGCUCUCCGGGACCUUGACCAGAAGCUGUUGCGGAAGUCAUCCACAGGCUUUCACCGGCGAACAAAUGUAUACAAAUGUGGUGCAAAAGACUAUCCGGUGGAGUGCCAAUGA